AGCACGUGGUACAGAUCUGGACCAAUAGGAUUGCGAGUCGUGUUGUACGGCCCAUGGAUUGAAAACAACAGUAUCGGUUUUGAUCAUUUUCAACUGUGCUGACAGCGAGACCAGAAGAAUGGCCACAGCUCAGUCAACACUGAUGUUCGCAGUAUGCAUCUUGGUGAUAACAGAACUCAUAUUGGCUAGAAAGGACUACUACGACAUUCUCGGGGUCCCAAAAGAUGCUUCUGAACGUCAGAUAAAAAAAGCUUUUCACAAGCUUGCCAUGAAAUAUCACCCAGACAAGAACAAGAGCCCUGAAGCGGAAACAAAUUUCAGAGAGAUUGCAGAAGCAUAUGAAACCCUAUCAGAUGAGAAGAGAAGACGAGAAUAUGACCGAGUAGGACACAAUCCAUUUGCUAAUGAAGGCAUGAAUGGAGGAGGAGGAGGACAGCCUUAUCAUUCCUUUGAUUUCAACUUUGACGAUAUAUUCAGAGACUUUGACAUUUACAACCAAAACAGGCACGCUCGUCCAAAACGGCAUUUUGACGAGCACUUAAGGGUUCAUCAGCAAUCAAACAACCACCACAAGAGACACUUUCAAGGUACAUUUGGCACCGGAGUCUUCGAGGACAUGUUUGAAGAUAUGGAGAAAAUGUUUACAUUUGACAGACACGUAAAAAGGACUGAGGGCAGAUUUCAGGGCACAGCCAAACAGCACUGCAGAACAGUGACCCAACGGAGAGGAAACAUGGUGACUACUUUCACUGACUGCACCUCAUCCUGAACAUCAGAGUGGACCACAGCUCUGAGGAUCAUGCUAUUUUUAUUUUAGUUUUAAUUUGCUGCUGCGAUGCAUGGAGUUUAACUUUAUCAGUGAGUGAUCUAUUAUUUAUGAUGAGGAAACAUGGAGUUUUCUGUUUGUUUGACAUUUAUAAAUGACACUAUAUAGCAUUUGGAAUUGCCUCAGAACAAACUCUAAAUUCAGGCUUUUUGUUUUGUUUUCAUCCCUGAAGAUGCAAAAAUAUUACAGUUGGCCACUUAAAUUUGAAAAUUGGUCAAUUUGGUAAUUACAUUAUUAAAUAUAAUAAUCUUAAACCUAAAUGUGGAAAUUUUGACCCCCUAAAAUUAGCAGACAUAUAUGUUUAAAUUGCACUUUCUUGCCUGUACAAACUAUUAUAUGCACAGGAAUGAACUAAAUUCACUUUAAUAACCAGAAUAAACCCUCUGUUCUAAUGUGUGUAAUUUCUAUAUCAAAACAAAUAGAAUCAAACAAACCACUUAGCUCUUCAAUUACCUAUCUGCUUAUCCAAGAUUGAAUUUGAUCAUGUUAGUGCUAAAUGUUCACAGUAUGAAUCUUUGAGAUUCAUAUCUUCAUGUACAUCUGCUCUUUUAGUUUUGUGUGAAGCUAAACAAAUGUUUGCUGCAUUGCUGUGAAUAAUAUAGUUUGCUAUAUUGAAACUGUUUCUUUCUUGCAAUUAAUAGAUAGAGAGGUGCCUUUCCCACUCAUUGUGGUAGAUUCAGUUUUAAUGUAAACAGAUUGGAGCACUUUUAUGACCUUGAGUGUACUAUAGUUUGCAAGACUGAAAAGAAAUAGGGUCUCCGCUUUGUCAUGUACAUCAGUUGUCCAGUUGGGUUUGUAAAGAACUUUUGUUUAAAAGAAAGAAAAAUAUGUCCGUUUUCAUUUUUCUCUUGAGUUAUUUUGACCAAACUCAUGAAUGUUUAUGAAUUUUCAUCAUUCUGAUUGACUUGUUUUAUUAACGGAAGUGUUACCCCUUAAAUAUUAUCAGACACCAGGGGAAUGUAACAACAAUGUGCCUGAAUAUGUGAAUAAGUAACUCUUUAAGAGUUGAUUCCUGAUGCACAUGGACCAUUUAAAUAUUUUUUUUGUAAAUAAUAUACAUUGCCCAGCUGUGUCCCUUUAUGACAUCACCUGUGACCUCAUCUUUGUGUUGAAUAAUCUUUUGUGCAAUAUUUCAAGCAGCUCUCCUGCUGAUCAAACUGUUACCCGCUGACAUAGUUGUAAUGAGUUGAGUCUCAGCCAACUCAUCAGGCACUUUCUUUAUUUUAAUCCUAUGGAUGAAAAGUUUGAACCCACAUCUAUAAAUUAAUGCACUUGGGUAAACAA